CUCACUCUCUCGGCAGCCGGCAGCCGCUUCAGUCUUCCCAGCUCUCCAGCUCUCUCUCUUCCCGGAUCACAUCUCUCUCUCGGCAAACCACAGUUCCACACGGUCUCUCUCUCUGUAGACCGGUUGCCUCCGUCGUGCUCAAGAUUGGUAUGAGUUUGAAGGUUUUCCUCUGCGAUUCUGAGUUUGAGGGUUUUCCAUCUUCGUGAAAGCCGAUCGCCCAAAGUUUAUCAUUAUAUGUAUAGAACUUCCUCAAUACACAGCUCAUUGAAGGGGAAUCUCAUGGCGUAUUCUCAUGAACGUGAUUUCUUGUUCUGCGACCUCUGCGGAACAAUGCUAUCCAUGAAAUCAACUGAGCAUGCUAAAUGCCCUCAGUGCAAGUUUGAGCGCAGUAUGAAAGAGAUUUGUAACAGAGAAAUAUCUUAUGUAAUCACAACUGAGGAUAUCAGAAUGGAGCUGGGCAUCUCGCUCAUUCGUGACCAGGAAGUACAAUUAUCAAAGGUGAAAAAGAAGUGUGAAAAAUGCUAUAAUGAUGAGGCUGAGUUUUGGACCAUGCAGAUGAGAUCAGCAGAUGAAGGGCAGACUACAUUUUAUCGUUGCACCAAAUGCGGCCAUAAGUAUUCAGAGAAUUGAGUUUGUUGUACCAAAUAUGAGAUUUCAGGACAUGCAUGAAUGUGGUUUACCUCUCCUCUGGCAUCAAUGAGAAAUACCCUUCAUUGAAGUGGCCUGCCUUUUCUCUCCCUGUCCUGAUUACUCUAUGAUCAGUUAACUGUUAGCUGUGUAUGAAAAUAUGUUUAUUGAUCAUGGUUCUUCCUA